CCCAUGUUUAACAAUACAGUCCAACAACACCACACUCAGUCCAUUACAGGCAGUCUAAAAUGGCCACCCGUCUGCAACCGCCGCCACCGCAACCGCCACCGCCACAGCUGCCCCCGCCUGCACCGCGUCCUACCCACUCAAAUAUCUUCAGGUGCGUUGCCUGCAUACUGCUGACCUUGAUCAUCCUGGCAGGCCUGUGCAUCCUCAUAAUAUGGCUCGUUGUUCACCCAAAACACGUUAUAGUCUCCGUUGAGGAUGCGUACGUUCACAACUACAACCUCACGGAUGAUCACCUCAGUGCGACCUUUGACUUGACUGUGGUGAUCAAUAACCGCAACCGUCACGUGUCCUUUUAUUACGACUCCGCCGAGCUGUCUGUGAGAUACGAGGACCAAAAGCUCGCGCUCGACACGAUCCAGCCUUUCUAUCAGGGCCACAAGAAUGUGACACGGCUGUACGUGAAGCCGUCGGCGCGUGAUGUGCCGCUGCUCCAGGUGAUCUCGAGGAACCUGAGGCUGGAGAGGACGGCCGGGACGGUGGAGUUGGACGUGCGGAUCAGGGCGAGAAUCCGGUACAAGGUGGGGGCAUGGAAGUCAAGGGAUCGGACGGUCAAGAUUUACUGUUCCCCGGUUCUGGGACACUUCACCCGGUCCAAGAGCUUUGAGGGGACCAAGUGCAACAUUCAGCUUUAAUUAAAACUUAUUCAUCAAUCAAUUCAUUAGACUAAAGCACCAACCAUGGAUUUAUUCAUUCAUUUUUUUUUUUGCCUUUUUAAAAGGAAAGCGUUUGCAGUAUAGAUUACAGUCUUGGUGCCUUGCAGCUCUGUGUGGGACAAAUGGUUGUGUAUUUUGCCUCAUUUUGUGGAUUAUGUGAUUUGUAACGAUUUGUUUUGUCUGAGUAUAUAAUGCAUUUGAGAAUUUCAUGUU